UGUUUCGUCCAGCAGGGCGCCUAGAGUCUUUGUCCACACUGACAAAUAAACACACCGUUGGGUUAAAAAGCGUGUUCUUGUAAAGCGCCCACUUGUGUAAAAAGUUCCACUGAGUGUUCCAGCUACUUUUUGCCGGACGCCGCAGCUUCCAUGACAUACGUCUAUCUUCGCCGCUGUCGCCUGCUAUCGUCCAUGUUAGCAGCUAGAACGUUGGCGUAAAUGCUGUUGCCUGCAAUGGACCUGUUGGACCCCCAGUACCUGGACAAGGUGAACAAUAAGGUAACAGCAAUGGACCUGUUGGACCCCCAGUACCUGGACAAGGUGAACAAUAAGGUAACAGCAAUGGACCUGUUGGACCCUCAGUACAUGGACAAGGUGACCAAUAAGGUGCCUACAAUGGACCUGUUGGACCCUCAGUACCUGGACAAGGUGAACAAUAAAGUGCCAACAAUGGACCUGUUGGACCCUCAGUACCUGGACCAGGUACCUACAACAGGCCUGUUGGACCCUCAGUACCUGGACCAGGUACCUACCAUGGGCCUGUUGAACCCUCAGUACCUGGACAAGGUGAACAAUAACAUGGGGAGACUUCACUAUGCAGAAGAGUCCAGCUCCAUGUCCAACAUGAGCGCACCACCCCCUCUGUGUCCAAGCAAACGGAAGUACGGCGAUGAACAAAAGGACCAAAUCAACUGUGAUGACGACCACAUGAACAAAAUGAGCAGAUUGUUUGCAACUCAUCUGUCCCGCCCUUCUGCUGGAGACAAGCGCAAUGAGCACUGGAACGCAAGCCAAAGUGCUGUGGAGCACAUUGGUGCUUCCGCCAACGGUCUCCAUGGCAACCGUCUGUAUGCUUCCAUUUCUGGCUAUGCUGUGGACCAGCCUCUGGCUCUGACCAAAAACAGCUUUGACAGCGCGGUUGGAGGCGGAGAGAGGUCUGUUGUUGAACGGCAGCAGAAUCGCCCGUCUGUCAUCACUUGCGCUCCUGCAAGCAACCGCAAUUGUAACCUGUCUCACUGCCACAUGAACGGCUGCUCUCCGAGCCCACCCGACGAUGGAAGGAAGAACAAUGUUUGCGAUCCUGUGAUCGAGGAGCACUUCCGUCGCAGCCUUGGCAAAAACUACAAAGAAGCCGAGGCGGCCGCCGACUCGAUGUCCAACUCGGUGUCCAUUACAGGCUCAGUGGACGAUCACUUUGCUAAGGCGCUGGGAGACACCUGGCUCCAAUUAAAGGCCAAAGGUCAUCAGGCCCCAGAAGAGGAUCCAUAAGGUGAACAAAUGUUCCAAUCACUUUUAUGUCCACCGUUCUUGGUUGGCAUGAACAAUAGGAGACAUGCAGCCUUCUGGACUUUGAUUGCCUUCUGACAAGAAUCCUCCACAGUUUUAGCUGAACAAUCUUAAAUACAUAUAUGUAUUUUUGUACUGUUAAUGACAACACCACAACAAUGUUUUAUUACAGAGCUGUUUGUUUCAGGGCUGACUUUCAGACUCCAAUCGGAUUCUUAGAUUGAACUCAAAUCUAUGGCGUCGUUUUUGUUUUUUUUAAGAGCACAGUUAUUGGCCAUCCCCACAAAGAUGACUUCUUCUUUGCGCUUUUUCCUCUUCAGAAAAAAGGCUGAAGCAUUGAGGUAAAUAUUGGAUGGUUUAGUUGGAAGCCCAAGCUGGUAGUUGGAAGCCCAAGCUGGUGUUUGAACAACCUCCCAUCAUCACACUCGCUGUACGAAGGAUGAAGUGAUUCAAUAUUCAACCAACAAUUCUACUGUUUUCUCGCAUAGACAGAAAGCCCUUCACUUUUUCCAUCAGCCUGCAAGCCUCACAUUUUAGUUUUGGCUGAAGGCAUGCCAUCUUUAUUCCUCAUUCUGUAGUCAUGUCUUCCCUGACGAUUAUACUCACUUCUACCAGUUUAAUGGCUUUGAAGAAAUAUUGCAUUUUCACGAAAUGCAAUCAAGACGUUCUAGAAGAACUGGAUUCACUCCUGUUAACGGUAACUCAAACGUUGGCAAUAACUCUAAAGUUGGAGAAGCCGGCAAUAACUCGAACGUUAGCCUGUAACUCCAAUGUUGGCUAUAACUCAAACGUUAGUGGCAACUCAAACAUUAGCAGUAACUCCAACUUUGGCGAAGUUAGCGAUAACUUCAAGAUUGCCAAUCACUCGAAAGUUGCCUGUGGCGGCGAUAACUCUAAAGUUACCGAUAACACCAAUGUAGUGGUAAAUCAACAUUAGCGGUAACUUCAACUUUAGCAGUAACUUCAACAUUAGUGAUAACUCCAUUAGCGGAAACUCCAAUUUUGGCGAUCACUCCGAAGGUGGCAAUAACUCAAUACGUUAGCGUUAACUUCAAUGUUCGGCGAUAACUCCAAUUUUGGCGAUCACUCCGAAGGUGGCAAUAACUCAAUACGUUAGCGUUAACUUCAAUGUUGGCGAUAACUCCAACAUUGGCGAUCACUCAGAAGGUGGUGAUAACGCAAACAUGAGCAGUAACUCCAAUGUUGGCGAUAAUUCCGAAGGUGGGGAAGCUGGCAAUAACUCCAAUGUUAGCGGUAACACCAACGUUGGUGAAGUUGCUGAUAACUCCAGUGUAGCGGUAAAUCAACACUAACAGUAACUCCAGUGUAAUGGUAAAUAUAAUUAGCGGUAACUCCAAUCUUAGUAGUAACACCAAAGUUGGUGAAGUUGGCAGUAAAUCAACAUUAGCAGUAACUCCAAUGUUGCGGUAAAUCAACAUUAGCCGUAACGCCAAUUUAGCGGUAAAUAACAUUAGCGGUAACGCCAACGUAGCGGUUAAUCAACAUUAGCGCUAACUCCAAUGUAGCGGUAAAUCAAUAUUAACGGUAACUCCAACGUUAGCGCAAACACCAAUGUUUGUAAAGUUGGUGAUAACUCCAAUGUAGUGGUAAAUCAACAUUAGUGGUAACUCCAAUGUAGUGGUAAAUCAACAUUAGUGGUAACUCCAAUGUAGUGGUAAAUCAACAUUAGCGGUAACUCCAAUGUAGUGGUAAAUCAACAUUAGUGGUAACUCCAAUGUAGUGGUAAAUCAACAUUAGCGGUAACUCCAAGGUUAGCGGUAACACCAAUGUUCGUAAAGUUGGCAAUAAUUCCAAUGUAGUGGUAAAUCAACAUUAGCGGUAACUCCAACGUUAGCGGUAACACCAAUGUUCGUAAAGUUGGCAAUAAUUCCAAUGUAGUGGUAAAUCAACAUUAGCGGUAACUCCAAUGUAGCGGUAAAUCAACAUUAGCGUUAACACCAAUGUAACGGUAAACCAACAUUAGCGGUAACUUUAAUGUAGCGGUAAAUCAACAUUAGCAGUAACUCCAAUGUAACGGUAAAUAACAUUAGUGGUAACGCCAACGUUAGCGGUAACACCCAACGUUAGCGAAGUUGGCUGUAACUCCAAUGUAGCGCAAAAAUCAACAUUAGCGGUAACUACUAUGUAGCGGUAAAUCAAUAUUAGUGGUAACUCCAAUGUAGCGGUAAAUCAACAUUAGCGGUAACUACAAUGUAACGCUAAAUCAACAUUAGCGGUAACUCCAAUGUAGCGGUAACAUCAACAUUAGCGGUAACAUCGUUAGCGGUAACUCCAACGUUGAAGUUGGUGAUAGCUCCAAUGUAGCGGUAAAUCAAUAUUAGCGGUAACUCCAACGUUAGCGGUAACAUCAACGUUAGCGGUAACUCCAAGUUGUAGUUGGCGAUAGCUUCAAUGAAGCGGUAAAUCAACAAUAGUGGUAACUCCAAUGUAACGGUAAAUCAACAUUUGCGGUAACUCCAACGUUAGCAGUAACUCCAACGUUAGCAGUAACUCCAACGUUAGCGGUAACUCCAACGUUGAAGUUGGCGAUAGCUCCAAUGUAGCGGUAAAUCAACAUUAGCGGUAACUCCAAUGUAGCGGUAACUCCAACGUUAGCGGUAACUCCAAGUUGUAGUUGGCGAUAGCUCCAAUGUAGCGGUAAAUCAACAUAGGUGGUAACUCCAAUGUAACGGUAAAUCAAUAUUUACGGUAACUCCAAUGUAGCGGUAACUCCAACGUUAGCGGUAACAUCAACGUUAGCGGUAACUCCAACAUUGAAGUUGGCGAUAGCUCCAAUGUAAAUCAACAUUAGCGGUAACUCCAAUUUUAACUCAAUGUUGCCGAAAUAUAAAGGACAUCAUUGAAGUGGAAAGCAUGUUUCAAAUAGCUGGAUUCUAUCAAACUUUGCUCUUUAUGAAAUAUUUACUCAGAAUGUAUUUGUGUGUAACAAAAUACUCACUGCUGGUACAGUUGUACUCCAUAUAUAUUUUUUCUAUCAGGUUGCCAUUUUGGCACGGAGUCCUUCAAAGCACAGCCUCUGGAAAGGUUGUCCAAGGCAAGGCAACAUUGCGAUACAUGCUAUUUCUUCACUCGCGACUGAACGACUAAAUCCGACUUUCUGUCAGCGUUGAAUAUUCCCGGCAGGCUGGAUUAGUUUCAUCUCGCCUUUGACGCGUCUACAACAGGCAGUCCGGUGCUUAGUUGCAAGUGUGGUGUGACACAACUAGGAGAUGUGGUCCACCUAGUUUUCUUAUAUACCUUCAGAAUAGACCUUAGUUUCUAAACUCUGACUGCUAGAAUUCCACCUAGCAACCCCCUUUUCUUUCCUAUUGGUUCAGCUGUUACACGCUUUCUUGUCUUCAUAUUUGAUUGUACUCCUACGUGACCAUCAUUGCGCCGAGCGGAAUGAUCCUAUUAUGUAUUUGUUUGCAUUGCGAGUAGCGUACUCACAUGUAGCGUGGACGUUUCUUAUCUAACCAUGCAUUUACACUUGGAUGACGUGAUGAGCGUGCAGGAACACAUCUGGACCUCAGCCGAGUGUCAAAGGUCUACGUUUAUUGACUUGUUUGACACAAGCUCGCAUGUGUGAUGAUAUUAUUUAAUUGCUCAGAGAUGUGUCGCCCUCAUGAUGAUACGUUUGUACACUUGGCUCCGUAUUUCUCUGGAAGAAAAAAAUGCCACUGUUUUAUAAAGAAUUGUCUUCCAAAUAAACAGAAAACCUCA